AUGUCGAAGUGUGCUGCUUGCGGGAAAUUUGUGAGUCCAGCUGAUAUUAUUAAAUGUAGCAGUUGUGCUAAUAUUUAUGACAGAAUAUGUUUAAAGUUAUCCAAAAGUUAUAAAGUAUCUCCAAAAUGGCUUUGUCCGGGCUGUACUUCUAAACAACCACGAAAAGAUAAUACGGAGACUUCGAUUAAGGUGCAAACAGAAAGAAGCCAGAGUAGUUCCUCGAACUCAUCACCUUCUAGUUGCUGUGGCUGUGAUGCUACAAGUAAGAUGAUAGAGGAGUUACGUACGGAAAUUGUCGCUAUGCGCAAUGAAUUUGUAAACUUUGGAAUAAAGUUCGACAGGCUUUACCUUGCCGUCAGCGACUUAAGUAAGCGAGUUGAUGGAAUAAAGAAUCGGGUGGCUAAUCUCGAAAAAGACGAAUGCAUGGAAUAA